GGGGCGGGACGAACGGAGCGGAAGUGGCUGCCGGAAAGGCGAGGAAGAGCGGGUUUCCUUCGACUCGGCUGAGCGGCUUAGACGGGAACUAGUCUCCCGCCUCCGCAGGUUACCUCCCAACCUAGACGGAGAGCGACAGUCGGGUGCGGAGUGAACCCGCUCCGGUUACGCCAGCUCCCGAGUGACAGGCAGGAAAUAGGUGCAGCAGGCAGCCUUUAACCGCCAUGUUUUCGGACUCCUAAGAAACCGCGCGAGGCAGAGCCCAGCAGGACCUCGUGGCGCAACGGUAGCGCGUCUGACUCCAGAUCAGAAGGCUGCGUGUUCGAAUCACGUCGGGGUCAUAGUUUUUCGUAUUUUUUUUCUUUUUAAAUUCACUAGUCUAAUGUGAACCGAGAUGUGUUCCCGCCACUUUUAAAAAAUGCUUUUCGUGCUCUAAAGCUUCCUUCAAAAGUUACCGUACUACUUUAAUUGCUGAAAAAUAAGGCUUACCAAACAUUGUAGCGUCUGAAGGCUAGCUUUAGGCCUUGUAAAGUGAAGUGGUUUGUUUUGUGUGUGUGUGUACACAAUGCCUUCAGAACUGGUCUUUCUGCUCUGCCUUAGGCUUCUGAACCCGUUGUGAUUUUUCAUAGCAAUCAUACAAUAGUUGGGGUACAGACUUUAAUACACACAAAAAAACCUUAUUUGCCUUUUGAAAACAAGGUCCCAUACAAUUUAUAAAACCGGUUUUGAGCAGCAGAAAACAGUUAUAUUUUAAGCCACUGGGUGCCAAAUGUUGGCGUAAGUGCGGUGAGAGAAACAUAAAUUGGAAUGGAGUUACAGAACAGAGAACAGCUCUGCCCUGGGUCAAGAUAGCACGUCACGAGGUGAUUCUAUCUGCAUCAAAAAGAAAGCCACAAAGAAAACUGAUAAGCCCAGGCUAGAAGAUAAAGAUGAUCUGGAUGUGACAGAGCUCUCUAAUGAAGAACUUCUGGAUCAGCUUGUAAGAUAUGGAGUGAAUCCUGGUCCCAUUGUGGGAACAACCAGGAAGCUAUAUGAGAAGAAGCUGUUGAAGCUGAGGGAGCAGGGAACUGAAUCGAGAUCCUCUACUCCUCUUCCAACAGUCUCUUCCUCUGCAGAAAACACAAGGCAGAAUGGAAGUAACGACUCUGACAGAUACAGCGACAAUGAUGAAGACUCUAAAAUAGAGCUGAAGCUUGAGAAGAGGGAGCCGCUAAAGGGCAGAGCCAAGACGCCAGUCACACUGAAGCAGAGAAGGACUGAGCACAAUCAGAGCUAUUCUCAAGCUGGAGUAACUGAGACUGAAUGGACGAGUGGAUCUUCAACAGGCGGACCUCUGCAGGCAUUAACUAGGGAGUCCACGAGAGGGUCGAGAAGAACUCCAAGGAAAAGGGUGGAAACUUCACAGCAUUUUCGUAUAGAUGGUGCAGUAAUUUCAGAGAGUACUCCCAUAGCUGAAACUAUAAAGGCUUCAAGCAACGAAUCCUUAGUGGCCAAUAGGUUGACUGGAAAUUUCAAGCAUGCAUCUUCUAUUCUGCCAAUCACUGAAUUCUCAGACAUAACCAGAAGAACACCAAAGAAACCAUUGACAAGAGCUGAAGUGGGAGAAAAAACAGAGGAGCGAAGAGUAGACAGGGAUAUUCUUAAGGAAAUGUUCCCCUACGAAGCCUCCACUCCGACGGGAAUCAGUGCUAGCUGCCGCAGACCAAUCAAAGGUGCUGCAGGCCGGCCGCUCGAGCUCAGUGACUUCAGGAUGGAAGAGUCGUUCUCAUCUAAGUACGUCCCGAAGUAUGCUCCCUUGGCAGAUGUCAAGUCAGAAAAGACAAAGAAGAGACGCUCCGUUCCCAUGUGGAUAAAAAUGUUGCUGUUUGCCCUUGUGGCCGUGUUUUUGUUUUUGGUCUAUCAAGCUAUGGAAACCAACCAAGGAAAUCCCUUCACUAAUUUUCUUCAAGAUACUAAAAUAUCCAACUGAAGAAAUCAUUUCGGCACAUUCAACUUGAUCUCCUGUUUUUAAUAACUGUAGAAAAACAUUUGUGUCCACUUGUUGACUGAAGAACUAAAUUGUGAUUUCACCUCAGUAAAGUUAGUGCUGCAUUGAAAAGCAGACAGGAUGCUUACACGGAUCUCAUUUCAAUAUUUUGGACCUUGGAGAUCACAUUGUGCCAUAUGAAUAAUUUUUUUAGCUCCAGAACUUUUUUGUAGGCUUUAUUUUUUUAAUGUGGACAUCUUAUUUCACUUUUGGGGAAAAUGCAUUGUUUUGUGUAUUUGAAAAAUAAGGCAAAACAUGGUGAUGUAAUGUGAAGCUACACAUUAAAUACUUGGAAUUCUUACGGAAAAGAUUUAUGACUUAUUCUCUGCUGAGUAAAAAUGUUACAAAUGUGAAUGAGGUUCAGUAUGAGAAACGGCCACGCAGUUGUGCUUCCUGUACGCAGCGUUUGUUCAUGGAAGGUACAGCAAUAAGCUCUUGUGUGACUCCUGUCAUGUGGUAGUGCUGGUGCGGCCUUACCAUACCACUCGCUAGAGUAUCUGUCAUAUCAUGGAAGUCCUACUUCAUUAAAACCAUUAAGUACGCUUGGCUUUCCACAGGGACCUUGUAGAGAAGCAGAUACCUGCUUUAGCUGGCUGUACAAUUGAGGGAGCUGUUAGCUACCUCUAAGGCUCCCAUUGGGAUCCUGUGCUUUUUAUUUACAGUAAAGCAUUUGUCCCAUCCAUCCAGAUUGUUAGCAAAAUAUUCUUUAGGUAAAUGUGUGAGGGUGUUUGUUUAGAAGUUAGAAACUAAACACUGGUCCCCUCUGUUUUACUUGGAUUUCAUUGUCUUCUUUUAACCAAAAAAAAAAAUUGUUUCAGCCAGGGAUUUUUGGGUUUUUUGUUUUGGGUUGAGUCUGGGUGUUAUUUUUGUUUGUUUUAGGCAUAUAAUUCCCGAUGUAAUUUGAUUUAAAAGUAUAACUGACUUGCUUUUAAAUCACAUAUGUAGUAGCUAAUGCUUAAUUUGUAAUUUCAAAUAAGGUGGGCAUUAUGGUUUUGUAUACUCCUGAAAUGAUUAACGAUAUCCUGAUGGUUGUCGUCUUUUUUUUAGCUGAAAUUUACCUCAUGUAUGGCUUAGAUGAAGUUGCCGUCAAUUUAAAUUUUAGUAAAAAUCAAGUAAAGCAUAAACAUUUUUAACUAAAUCAUUAAGUUGCAAUUUUACAGUCAUUGACCAUAAAGCACACUAAAAAUGUAAAUUAUUUUUAAUAACAUCCAAAAUGUAAAGACGAUUUUAAUUUUUACAAAGGAGGAAGCCGAAUAUGAAUAUUUAGACCAGCACACAGUUUUGACUUAACAUUUACUGUAUUUAGCUUUUAGAUAUUUCGUAGACAUUUUAAGUACACUUCUGCCACUGAGACCAGAACAUGUAGGUCUGGUCUUCCAGGGCAUGUGGGGAGCUGACUUAGAUCUCAAGUGCUUGCCUCUCAGAGUCACAGUGUCUUUUUUGAGAUGAGCCACAUGGGCAUGUUUUACCCAACUUUCCCACCCUACCGUGACAGCCAUCUUCCUUCCUUUGUUUUCAGACAUAGCUUCUCAUAUUGCUUUCAAUCUUUUGUUUAUAAUUAAAAAUUGUGAGAAGCCCCACUUGAUAUUUAAAAGUGUGGGGGUAUAAAUCAGACUUCACAUAUAUGUAAGGCCGGUCGGUCUGGGAUCGGAAAGUAUGGUCCAGUACAGCAAAAGGUAGGACCAGGUAAAACAUGCCAUUUUUUAAAAAAAAUGUGUACUUGGUCUUUUGUCUGUGUCUGUUUUAUUCCACUAGAGUAAAUGUGUCCUUGAUGUAAAUGCAAAGCAUUUAUUAAUUCGUAGAUGUAGAGUUUACAAUAUAAUUCAAUAAUAAAGUAAUUAACCUCUA